GCCCGAGGCUGCUGCCUCUCACCUGUUUUCUGUGAGCCUCUGCCUGGCCCCGGGGCCACGGCCACGCCCCGGCCCGCCUGUUGAGGGAACAAAACCUUCCCCUGGCCAGAAGUGGGGAGAAAGGGGACACACGUAGGGGCCCUGUGGGACCCGGUGAUGACAGGGUGUCAGGCUCACGGGAAGUGACCAGGCCUGGGGAAGAGGGCAUGGCGCAGGUGGAUGGGGCCCCCCGGCCCGGGGCUGCCCUGGGCCAGCCCUGCAUCUUCAAGCUGGUUCUCCUGGGCAGUGGUUCUGUGGGCAAGUCCAGCUUGGCUCUCCAGUAUGUGAAGAAUGACUUCAAGAGCAUCCUGCCGACCGUGGGAUGUGCGUUCUUCACAAAGGUGGUGGAUUUGGGGGCUGCGUCUCUGAAGUUUGAGAUCUGGGACACGGCUGGCCAGGAGAAGUACCACAGCGUCUGCCACCUCUACUUCAGGGGUGCCAACGCUGCGCUUUUGGUGUAUGACGUCACCAGGAAGGAUUCCUUCUGCAAGGCGCAGCAGUGGCUGAAGGACCUGGAGGAGGAGUUCCACCCGGGAGAAGUCGUGGUGGUGCUGGUCGGCAACAAGACAGACCUCCACCAGGAGCGGCAGGUGACCUUUGAGGAAGGGAGGGAGUUUGCAGAGAGCAAGGGGUUGCUGUUCAUGGAAACCUCGGCCAAACUGAACCACCAGGUGACCGAAGUCUUCAGUGCUGUCGCCCGAGAGCUUUUGCAGAGAGAAGAGAAGGAGGAGGGCCAGAGGCAGCAGGGAGAUGCACGGCUGGCUCUGAAUGAGACGCCCCCGGGGCGGGGCAGAUGCUGCGCCCGCUAGAAGGGGCCACUCCAGGAAAGGCCGUGGGGAGGAUGCCCCCAGCCCACAACCCACUGGUCCCCAGGGUGAGCCGCCGCCAGCUCCAUGUCGAUUGUGGCACUUAUCCUGAUUCACUGUCGAUGCUGGCUCGCUCCUGGGUCCUAGAGGCUCUGGAAGAGGGCAUCCCUUAGAAUAACCACCUCCCAAGCUGGUGUGAGUCAUUCAGGGGAGGGUCCCGUGUCCAAGGCUCCCAGAGGGCGUCAGCUCCACCUCCCAGACACCAGAUACCGACUGAAUCCCAGAUGUCCUGCGGGUGGGCGCGCGUGACCCUGCCCUUAGCUGCCUGGCCACCAGACACUGGAGAAUGAAAUGGUCAGAGGGGAAAUAAAGAUCGGAAAAUCACCCAGCACGCACUUUGUGUUGGGCAGGGGGCUGCCCGGGGGCUUGGGGCCACCCUGCUCCUGGGAGGUGGGAGAAGAGACAGCAGGCCCAGCUGGAGGGGGCAGUGCCAGGGAGAGAUGGCGUGACCAUCAUGGGGCUGGGUCCAUCGUCACUGGAUCUCUGUGAGGUUCCCCUGAAGGACUGUGCCUGACAGAGGGCAGCUGGGGAUGGGGGUGGGGGAGUCAGACCCCCUACUCUCUGCUCCUCGCUGUGACUACGAAGUGGUGCUUGUACAAUGCGUGCGAGGACUCAGACUUCGAGCCCAGGUGCAACUUGUACCGCGUAUGAGUUUUUCUCCGAAAAGUAAACCGAUUUCUAUCAUGUGGUCUUUUUUAUUUUUCCAACUGUUUUUUAAUUGUGGUAAAAGUCGCAUGAUAUAAAACAUACUAUUUUAACCACACUUAGCUGUACAGUUCGGUGGCACUAAGUACGUUCACAUUGUUGUGCAGUUCUCACCAACAUCCAUCUCCUCAAGUUUUCACUUUCUUAAACGGAAACUCUGUCCCCAUUAAACCCUGACUCCCCAUUCCCCCUCCCCACCUCCCCACCCCUGACCCUGGAAUCUAUCAAUGUACUUUCUGACUCUAUGAAUUUGGCUAUUCUAGGUACCUCGUGUAAGUGGAAUCAAACAGUAUUUGUCUGCACCUACUGUAUACUGGAAUGCAUUUUUAGGGUUAACUUUAUAUCACGUGGUCCUCGGUGAGUUUGUAAGCUGGGGGUCUGUUCCUGCACAUCCCCCAGGAGGGCUCACGGUGAGUAAAUACUGAGGGGUCCCAGGCGGCGGGCUGUGGCUGAGGCGGGCCCAGGACAUCUUUCUGGUGCUGACACAUCAUGAGCUCACCUCGCUCCUGCCUUUAGAGAGGCCCGAUGGCCCUUCUGUAUGAAAUUUUAAAUAAGACGACAUUGUCAUCCCCCUGAGAAAGGUGGCUUCACUAUAUCAGCUGUAAGUAUCAACAGAAGGACGAAUGUGAAGCAUCCUUCCCUGUUGAUGCUGAGCUCCUGGACGUCCCAAAAGCACUCACACGGUUUCUUUCCUAGACAAUCUCCAGGUGAAACCUGACAACUUGGUGCUGCGUGCCCUGCAGUUUCUGACUGCAGUGAAGUUUUGUAUGCGACUCUUCCCUCGUAGGUGACGUACGUGAGGUGUGAGCCCCUCUGUGUAAGGCUGUGUCCCCGUGCUCUCUGUUCCCCCACUCUGGGGUAGCAGGGCUGGGAUCCCUUCUGCAAAGGGCGGGACCCACUUUGGAGGUGGCGGGAGGCUGAGGUGGCCCUUGGCCACUAGAUGGCGCGCCAGCAUCGCUGAAGGCAAACCCCACCGCCCCUGGUCGUCGCGUCCUGAGGGCUGCUUUGCUGACAGUAGGGCUUUCAGAGGAGUAUCUCACCCAUCCACGAUGAAAUAGGAAGUGGGGAAGUAAUGAUAUUUGUAGGAUGCCCACAUUUCUGAUUGUUUUUCUCCCGUCUUGCCAGGCUAGUGACACUGUGCUAGAAUUUAUUAUUAAAGGAUAUUCUUUGACUCA